CAAAGUCUCUUGAAAAAUCUCUGCCAUAUAACUUAUAAUGCGACUCUCAUGGCACAGACUUGUGUUGCCGAGGAGAAACUCUUGCGGUUUUUUCCUCGCUUUCCUGAUCACCAUCACUGUUACUUUUGCACUUGUUAUCUUCUGGAAGGCAUCGCCAGGAAAAGCUCAAAUUGCAAUUCACCAUGGAAGUAAUAGGGUUGCAGCUCUAAGACAGCAUCACGUGGAAAAAGAUCACGGGAAAAUGGAACUGCUUGAACUUGGGCCUCAAAGAUUGGUUCAUUUGGAUCUGAAAGGAGCACCGCCGAAGCUUCCCUACUUGAAACAGUUGUUUCCACUUCUUAAAGAAUGGGGAGCAACUGGUUUGCUUAUUGAGUGGGAGGACACUUUCCCGUACGAUGGAGAAUAUCUGCAGGCCAUCGGCUCCUCCGGACCGGAUUCCCCAGGAAUUUAUUCGAAAGCCCAAGUGACUGAGAUUUUAGGACUGGCUGAAGAACAGGGACUGGAUGUUAUACCAUUAGUGCAGACGUUUGGGCACUUGGAGUUUGUACUUAAACAUGAUAAGUUUUGGAGUCUCCGAGAAGUUGAGCACUUUCCCGGCUCAAUGUGCCCUUCCAAUCCAGAGAGCUUACCUUUGGUUCAGGCAAUGUUAGAGCAAGUGGUCAAAAUGCAUCCUGAUAUAAAGAUGUUGCACAUUGGUGCAGAUGAGGUUUGGCACAUGGGAGUGUGCAAUGCUUGCCGAUCACGAAUGGCCACUUUGGGAGAAAGUGCGAAAGAAAAGCUUUUUCUCGACCAUGUUACCAAAGUUCUGAGGUGGAUGAAAGAGAAAUACCCGUACAUAGAUCUCUUAAUGUGGGACGACAUGCUUCGUCACAUAGAUCCUCUUUUGCUCAUUGAGUACGAGAUUGGAAAAUUGGUGCAACCUAUGGUGUGGCAUUAUCGAAACUCGAAAACAUUCCAACUUUCAAGAGAUCUUUGGCCUAUGUACACGAAAGUCUUUGACGGAAUUUGGGUGGCUACUGCAUUUAAAGGAGCUACAGGCCCAAAUGUUCAGUUGCCAAUGAUUUCGAUGCACCUCGACUGUCAGGAGCGGUGGCUUCAAGAACUGCAAAUACAGCAUGAUAGAGGAACUCUUCCGAAAAUCCAAGGCAUUGCCCUGACUGGUUGGUCAAGAUUUGACCACUACGCUGUGAUGUGUGAGCUUUUGCCAGCCGGGUUACCAAGCUUAGCUCUGUGUUUGGCUCAGUGGCAGGCUCGAUUAUUCACGUACGAAAUGCACAGGAACAUCUCCAAAAACUUAGGAUAUGUUGACGGACAAUUGAUCCCUUUAAAUCCAUACCCACCUCAGGCUGCCAAUAAAUUGCCUGCGUCAAACUUUCCUGGCUGGGAGGUGAGACAUGGCAUCGAAUGGUUUGUUCACCUGCAGGCAAAGAUCAAAUCAGUGACUGAUGGGGAUACGGUUGUAUCGUGGCUUUCUCCUUACUUAGCUAAACAGAACUUUACAAACCCUGCGCAUACAAUUCUUCUAACCAACUCAAUACCAAUGCUGUUGGACGAAAUUGCAGCUCUCGAGAGCUACCUUAAACCUGCACUCGAAAAUAUUUUCACUGCCAUGACAAUCGAUGAAUGGUUUGGAACUCAUUUGGAGCCUCAUCGGGAACAGCUCAAGCAACUUUUGCAAAGUGCUGAGCACCAGCUAGCCGUUGGGGGGCGUACAAGGAAUACAAAAAUCAACUUAGAAUUGUAAAAAAAAAAAUCAGAGUCAAUCUGCAAAAAUAUAAAGUAAUGCCAAACAAUCAUGCAUUUUUAGAUGGUGAAUAUUGUAUUGAUCUGAAUUUUAGUAUUAAAAUUUUACCAUAUACGUUACAAAAAUUAAAUAAUUAAUUAGUUUCAUUUGAAAUUUUUUCUCCAAUUUUGAUAAAAAUUCAAGGUAAAAAGUUUAUUGAGAAUAGAGAAAAUUUACUUGAAGAACAUCCUAAACAUCAAACAUUACCGCAGAGGUAAUAUAAAUUGAAAGCUCAAUUUCUUAGUGCAUUUUUACGACGCCAAUUAUUUGCCGAUUAUAUUGUUUCGGAAAGAUUGGUUAGGAGAAUGGUGCUUUCUUAUUGUUAUAGUCCAGUCAUUAAGUGAUAUAAUUAUAACAAACGCUCGACCCGCUUUAGGUUACCUACAUUUUUGCACUCAAUUGAAUUUCGGACGGCAGCACCACAUGCACAAUAAACAGCACAUCGCACAUGUGUGCAUUUCUCAGUGGGUUACUUUUUUGUGUCGGGGUAAAACCGGCACUUCCUCGAGCGACCACUGAUGGUGCUUGCUGCACCAUUCGUGGCCGCAGCUGAGAGACAGACAGGGCAUCAGGUGACAGAGCAGCAACAUUGAUAGGAAGAGUCGUUUAUGAGUAGCCAAGUGACACAGUUGCGUUUUGUAAUAUGUGCAAAGAAUAAGGCCAAAUAAUUACAUCAAACCUUUGAAAGUAAGUAAAAAUUGUGUCUAUUAAUUCUAUUUACCCCAACCAAAAUAAUUAUGAAUUAAAUAAGCAAUCCCAGCAUCAGGGAUUAUUCGUUUCCCGACAAAUGGCGCCCAACUAACAGCCCACCCCCCCGACCCAUGAUGUAGUUAUCUUCAUCCCCCGUGACCCAUGCUGUAGAUUUUUUUAUCCCCCACAACCCCGCUGAUCGGAUGCAUUUUAUCCGUUCACCCCGCGACGCGCGUGAAACCCCAUCAUCCGCCGAAUAGUCCCAUUUAGCCCAUCAGCCAGACGCCCAAGCGUCGGUCAUUUGACGCCCCUGUUUGCAUGUGCAAUGUGAGCCGUACUUGCAACGGUUUUUCUGCUGCACAAUGCCACCGAAUAAGACAACGAUACCCCUGCUCCCCGAUAAUUUCCAUGGCACUCCACAUGAAAAUGCUCGCGGUCAUGUCAGUAUGUUCAAAAAAUGCCGAAACAUAGCUGAGUGGUCCGACCGUAAAGCUCUUGCGUAUUUCCUGUUCACCCUUCGUGACGAUGCUGGCGAUUGGGCUGAUUUCCAUUUGGCCAACCCUGCCAAUGCAAACAAAACUUUAGACGAAAUUUACGCCGAUUUCAUUGCGCGUUUUUCACUCACUUCAAAAUUGCACGCAGAGCACUACCUGUCGAACCGCAAACAUCAGCCAGACGAACGCCCGGAAUUUUACAUCCAUGACAUGGUCCGCUACGCUCAGAAAAUUGACCCGAAUUUCCCCGAAUCUGCCUUGGUCUUGCGAAUAAUUCACAAUUUGCAACCAAGUCUCCUCCGCCAACUGGGCGCUCCACUCCCAAAAACAAUUACCGAAUUGCUUGACCGAACCACAACUAUUCAUGGCUUAAAUCAAUUGGCUAAUGCCACAUUCGGAAAUCCCAACAAGAAAAAGGUUCACUUUCAAGACGAGCCGUGCGAGCCGCUGGAACCCGACCCCGUCGAGAAAAAGCGAGCCCGUUGCUCCCACAACGCGCAGCUCUCUUCAGUAGCUCUGGAUGACACUUCUUUAAAUUCGUCACAAAAAUCAGAAACUCAGACGAAUGAAUUUUCGGCUCAACUUUCCACUUUAACUCAACAAGUGACAAGUCUCCAAAAUUUGCUCCAGGUCCAGAACAGCCAAAACUUUCAGCUUUACGCCUUCUGCGCCAAAUUCGGCCACACUGAAGUGCACUGUUUUUCUCAAAAAUUUGCAGCAAUGCAAGACGAAAAUAAAAAGCUGCACGCGAUGUUGGAAAACUGAUAAGGAGGUCUGCCGAUCAACCCCCAACGACAGACCUCCCAAAUCAGCAACCCUCUCCGAUCAUGACGUCAACUCAACCCGUCACACCCUCUUUUCUUACCCCUGACGAUUCUGUGGGUAAAAAACUCCUCUACCUAUCCCCAUCCCCUUCUCCAGCCCCUCUCCUUGCCGAUGAUGCUGUAAACCCCGCUGCGACGAGUUUAAAAUCCGGACCCCAGACACCUCAAAUUGGCCAAAAUUGUCUGGUAUCUCCGCCACAAACUCCUCGCCGUACGGUUGACCAUCCGAACGCAACCACCCAAUACCAAUACCCUAAAUCACCAAAAAUCAAUCGAUCAAUUUUUGGGCAUCAAUCUGGACCCCUGGCAGCUGAAAAUUGCCAUGUAUCUCCAGCCAAUACAGCCCUAAAUUGUGUUUCACCUCCUAUCAACAUUUCCCCAACUUCCAUACCAAAAUUUGACCACCUGAAUGAUCCUCUCACAAAUGAAACUCCGCAGCGCACAAUACCGCGCUUCUUUGAGGCGACCGAUAGGCCUCCCCCCUCCGCCAAAAACACCCCCAAAAUUUUGACUCCAAGUGCACAUCUCAUUGACCUCAGCAAUAAAAAUGACUCUUACGCGUCUACGGCCACCGAUAAGCCAUCUCCACGUUUACUUGCGACAAGUGCACUUCCAAUUUCACAACAAACAACAACCGCGAUCCUAAUGAAUGACAAACUGAAAAAUGAUUCCUGCUCCACUCAAGCUUCCAGCGCCUCCGAUGCGCGCUUGCCGUGGCCGUUUUGUGCCACUGAUCGACCACCACCUUCUCCUCACAAGAAUGCAAGAAGAAAAUAAAUGCUGAAUUUAUUUCCAAUUAGAAUAGUGGGAAUUUUAUUGCUGCCUGAGAAUUAAUCAGUCAAUUUUCAAUAAUAAAAAUCAGUAACAAAAUCAAUCCUAGUACCAAAAAAUGAAAGGAACACAAAACACAAAAACUCCAUGCAAUCAAAUGAUUUAGAAAAAAACAAACAACAAUAACAAACUUUUAACUGAUGUUCUCCGCAGUUACCAUUAUAGUCCCGGGAGUAGAACAUUUAGGUUUCAAAAUAAUCUUUCUUCCUUAUCCAAAAUUUCCCCAAGAAAAAAUUACGUUGUUGCUAAUCGAAUUUUCAUUACAGAAUUUUGCCAAUUGCCACUGACGUUGUAUGACUGUGACCCUUCGACAGAGACGUCCGCACGCAAUACCGCACUGGCGUGCAUUUAAAAAAAAAAUCUAACUUUCAGCCUCAAUAGCGCCUUAUGCGCCCACGGCUCCCUCUGAGCUCCCCCUAAAUUAAACGUCUUAAUGUCUGAGGGUUAUGAGCACUUUAAAUCCCUUUUUUAGAUUUAGACACAUUAUAUUUUAAGAUUAAACCAAUCACACAAUACACAAUAAAACACAAAACCAUCAAUCAAAAUUCACGAACAAACUGUACUUUCGGCACAUCAAAAAAUUAAAAUGUAACACAACACAAACAAAUGCAUGACACAAAUUUAUUUUCAACUCGCUCAAAUCAUUGCUUUGCGCAAAAAAUUGGAGUUCAGUCCUUCUCAAUUUUGGUUCUAAAAAACCACAUUUCAUCCCUCCACUACAAAAAAAAAAAAAAUGCAUCUCCAACUCGUAGGUAUAUCUGCUUCUGUUGUCCCGGGGGGGAAAAGCCAGUUUGCUAUGGGACCUUGUCCACCCCAUUUAAGCAAUGCCUGCCCUGGGUAGCAGCGGAAGUAGAGAAAACUGCUGAGAAACAACUCCUAUUUCUUGCGCAACGCACCCCAAGAAUUCGACAAUUAAAAUUUUAAUUUCACAAACCAAUUAAAUUGUACAACUAAAAUUAACUUCUCAAAUUAAUUCGACACAAAUACCCUCCAGUGCUCAAUUGAAAAAUGUAUCUUUAAUUUUAAGUUGUGCUCAAUUGAAAAUGUAUCUUUCAAUUUAUGUGUUCUAUUGAAAAUGUGUAUCUUUGAAAAAUUAAAUUGUUGUCCUCAUGUCACCGAUGAUCUUGUCUCCUCUCAGCCGGGGAGGUGUCGGGGUAAAACCGGCACUUCCUCGAGCGACCACUGAUGGUGCUUGCUGCACCAUUCGUGGCCGCAGCUGAGAGACAGACAGGGCAUCAGGUGACAGAGCAGCAACAUUGAUAGGAAGAGUCGUUUAUGAGUAGCCAAGUGACACAGUUGCGUUUUGUAAUAUGUGCAAAGAAUAAGGCCAAAUAAUUACAUCAAACCUUUGAAAGUAAGUAAAAAUUGUGUCUAUUAAUUCUAUUUACCCCAACCAAAAUAAUUAUGAAUUAAAUAAGCAAUCCCAGCAUCAGGGAUUAUUCGUUUCCCGACAUUUGUUGCUUUUCACUUGCAUUUCUCCGCUGAAAAUUUCACUAAUUAACAGUUGUUGCGGACGCGAUUAUCAGUUUUCCUUGUUUUUCAAACUGCGCAGUCGGUGGUUUCUAAAGUAAAUAAUAUUAUUUGUUCUAUUGGAAACUUUUCUAAUACUUUAAAUUAAUUUACUAUAUAUCAGUGAUAUGUUUUAGAUUAAGAAAAAAAUUGCCGCUUAAAAAGCAUUGAGGUUAAUUCAUAAAUUAAAUACCUUCUAGUAAAAUAAUUUAUUGCACUUUAAAAAAAAACACGAGCUUUGCAGCUGCACGAAAUGAGCUGAAGGAGUUUGUCGUCAACCUUAUAGCCUUGUCUUAUAUCGUGAGCAACUUUUUGAACCUUGCGCAUAAACAUUUGCACCGAGCCGACCAUAUUUCAUGCUCUGCGAGAGGCAGCAGAGGCGAUUUCUUUCUGUCCGCCCUCUUUCCACCUUCGUAAUUUUGCAUCCAGCUCACUUGCGUAUACACAAACUACGCCAGCUCUGCGUUUAUUCACCCUGAAUUACUUAAAACUUAAAUCCAGAAAAAGUGAAGAACUUUGUUAUAAAAUGAAAAAAUGAGAGUGGAUUAAUUGAUUUGAUUCAGAGAAGCAGGAAAAGUGCCUCAAUUGUUUUCGCUGCCCCCGCGCUUGGCGACAGGAAAGGAAUGCGUUGCAGUGUUUAAGGUGCUCUCUCGGUGCCAAGAAGCCUUGAACUUGUUACUUGAAUUUUAUUACCGGAGUCUGCUGCGGCGAGAGUGAUGCUGCUUGCGAGACAAUAAGCCAAAAUUAAAUAUUCCACUUACGGACUUCAAGUGGCGCACCGACAACGGCCGCAGAAUAACGACAACUCUUUUGGCAUUCAGCCUGUACGAAACACAAUGCGAAUUGUGCGUCAUAAACAAAGUGAUCGAUCGCGUGUGUUGCUUGUGGGAUUUCCUCGAUGCGAUCACUGAUUUUUAAUCUUUUAGACAAAUUUUCCUCGUAUAUAAUCAGAUACUCAGUUGCUAGAAUUUUAACGAAAAAGCCUCUUUUUCAAACAAAAAUUUUUAUUUAAUCCUUAACAAAACGUAAGUAAUUCAAAAAAUUAUCUUUAUUCAUUGCAAGUAUUUCCAAAUUCCAAUUUCUACAAAAUAAUUGAAAAACAAUUUUUAUGUAUCAACGAUUUUUCUUACAAAUAAUAAAAAUAUAAAUUAUUGCUAUUAAAAAUUUUUAUAUAGAAUCAGCUAGAACAAUUUUAAAAUUUUAAAAGAAGCGUUGUAUAUUUUUAAUACAUUUUUUUUCUAUUUGCUAGUUUCUGCUGAAACAGCAAAAUUGUAAAUUCUUUCAAUUUGUUUCUGUCUGCAAACUAUUUCAACCUUUUUCUUAGAAUUGAGGCCAGUUCUUUCCGGUCAUUAAGCAAACGCAAGUGAUGCACCUGACAUUCUAAUAGAUUUUUCCCUUCUGACAUAAGGUGCGAAACACGCACUCGAAGUCGCGCGGUCAUCUUUGGCAUAUAUGUAUGUAUAAAAAUGCUUGGCUUGGGCAUUAGCGCAGUGGUAACGAAUCCACCACACAUUGCAUUGUUUGAACAAGAGACCAGAGCAGCAAAGGCAAACAAGACCAUCUCAUUACGUCACCUUUUCGCCAUCGACUUUCUCACACGCCCAGGUUCAGUGCAACGGACAAAAAAUGCGAAUUAAAUCGACAGGCUCGACGCACGCCUCAUGCAUUUUUAUUCCUCUUAAUUAUCGGUAAUGAACAUUCUUUGUGUGUAACACGUAACGCGAAUCAAAAGGAGAAGGGAAAAUUUAACGAGCAACCCUCUCAAUUUCCAUUAACGGACCUUUUAUUCAAAAUUUAAUAGACUUGCAAUAAGCCAUUGGAAUUCAGUCAAAUUACACAAAAUUUAAUUAAGGUAAUUCAAAUUUAUUAAAAAAAAAAUACAAUGUUUUGUUAAAAGGAAAAUUGAAAAACUCUUUGGUGCUCAGUUAUUUUAGAACAAGGCAAAUUAAAAAAAAAUGCUUAGCAACAAUUGUUUUCAUUUGGAAUGCUGCGAAAAAUGGCGAAUCCGUUAUGAAACCUUUCCAUUCCCGGGCAUUGUGUCAACGAGCGCAGCCCAUUCAAUGGUGGCUUUCAAAGUGAUGAUACCUGCAUGUGCAUUGAACGCCACUCGACAUGUCGAGGGCGAGGUCGGCCCGAUAAUUAAAAUAGCAGCGCGGCAAUAUCUCGAGCACGCAUUACAUUUAUUUGAUAAUGGAUAUUGUGUGCCUUCAUAUAUAUCGCACUUAGCCUACAUUUUAAUUCCGUCGCAUCGCUUUUUUGGGUUAUCGUCUUUUUUUUCCAACGUCGGACUUGUGCAACAACAAAAUAUAUCCACUACCACCCAACUUGCGAUAUCCAACUGCGAGCAAUCGUAAAUGCGCGCGAGGCAGGAUUUUUUUGUCACUUGUCAAGUGUGAAAUUUUUCUCGACGCACUUUAUCGCCUUUUUCACAUUUCGCAACUGCGGAAAAUGAAAAUGUCUUGUAAAUAAAAUAUACUUUUACGUUGUGUCCCUCUUAAUUGAUAAGGGGAGUUUUAAAAUAAUGAACUGGAAGGCAAGGCCGCUCAAAAAACUUUUGGUAAGAAGGAAACUUAGAAAUUUUAAUAAAUUAAAAAAAAAACACGGGCAAUUUUUCAAUAAUUACAUUUAUCAGGUAAAUUGUGUUUUGAAUAUUUAAGUCCUCUUCGAGUGUUGUAUUUAUGCGGAAAAAAAAAAAAAAUUAACAA